GGCGCGCAGACCGUCAGGAGCCAGGCGUACCAUUGGAUGGAGGCGCAUGUCAAGUCGCAGACCAGCACCUAUUACAAAGACUUGUUGAAGCAGGAGAAGCUGUACAAAACCACCGAGCCCUUUGAGGGCAGCUUUCUAAUCUCCGGGAUUCAGGCCGAGUUCCCCACCACUUACACGGUCUUUGUCACAGCGGAGAACCCGCACAGUCGAGCUUUGGCUGGCACCCCUGCGAAGGCAAGUUUGUUGAUCCCGGCUUGCUCUCCCUUCUGCGAGUCCUGUGAGCUCUCGGGAUCUCACCUUUGCGACCCGGGGAAGUGCAUCAAAGGCACGCACUACCAUCAGGGGCGCUGCUGGCCGUGUGUGGACCAUUGCGAGAGCUGCGAAUUUGGGGCCGCACCUUUGGACUUCGGGGUGGUGAACCUCACGGAUUCGGAGUCCAUCCCCUGUGACUAUGGUGGCUGCAAAGACGGCUUUGGACUACACGCUGGGAGGUGCUUACCUUGCAAGGUCGAAGACUGCAGAGACUGCUAUGAGGACUUGGCGGUUUGCGGGCUGUGCAAGCCUGGCUUGGGGUUGGACAACAACGGCUGGCCAACCAGAAUCUCCCCGGAACGUCGCGCUGGUAGGCGAGGAGUGAUGAAGGAACGCAAGGAGAGUGCUCGGAGAGCGUCGUCGACGUCGGGCGGGAGGUGGAUGCCUCUGAGCCAGCUUCGGGGCGUGCCUGACGGCAGCAAGAUCAAGACCCCUGUCGCCCUGACUCAGGACACCAAGGCGGAAGGCAUAGGGGAGACAGUUUCAGCCUUUGAUUGCCGAGAUUUGGGACGAAGAGCGAGUGAAGAUUCUGCUGCCCAAGAGGGCGAUAAUACUGGACUUGGAGACUUAAAGCCAACUCGGGCCUGAGUGAAUUAUUUUUGAGCUUUCCGACCAGCCGGUGCGAUUUUGUACA